CUGAUGCGGAGGAGCCACAAGCUCUCUCUGAACGUUAACUGCUUAUCUCCGCUGCAUCUUCUGUAACCCGUGAAGGCUCACAGGCGAAACGAGAGCUGGAGAGAUCAUGCCGUAGUGCUGAAAAAGCAGCAAACUCAAAGUUUGCCGCGCAAUCCGGCGGAUGAGUACAGCUGCGAAUCUGACGCGCUUUAUUCUGGUGGAAACAACAGCGCAACAAAGCUGAAACCUACCCAAAGCACAGAGUGCAAGGUGGGAACACAUCCUAGACAAGACACCAGUCCAUCACAGAUGAAAUCAGCAGGGGUCGGUGAUGGAGGACUCUUUACAGAGAGCUACUGUAACAUCUGCAAUGCUCAGCUCAUCUCUGAAUCGCAGCGUGUGGCACAUUACGAGAGUAAGAAACAUGCAAACAAAGUGCGUCUGUUCUACAUGCUUCACCCUGAGGAUGGUGGUCCUCCCUCUAAAAGACUGAGACCAGACAACCCGGACAGUGCUGAGAAUGAGGUGGACAGAAACAAGUGCUGCACGCUCUGCAAUAUGUUCUUCACAUCUGCCAUCGUGGCUCAGUCACACUACCAGGGUAAAACACACGCCAAGAGAAUACGGCUUGUUCUGGGAGAGCAGCCCAGCUUACCUACCCCCACAGACUCCACUACAGGCACCCCUCAGGCCACUGACUCAGCCCCACCACCUCCAAACUCAUGGCCCUCCAUCGGAAACAACGGAGAAGACGGCAAGUACUGCUGUCUGUGUGGGGCCUGGUUUAACAACCCACUAAUGGCACAGCAGCACUACGAGGGCAAAAAGCACAAAAGGAACGCCUCUCGAGCACGGCUCCUGGAGCAACUAGCAGGCAGUCUGGAUGCCACUGAGAGCACAGGCCUGCGCAGAAGUUACUCAUGCAGCAUAUGUAAAGUUGUGCUGAAUUCCAUUGAGCAGUACUAUGCACAUCUCCAGGGUUCAAAACACCAAAACAAUCUCAAACAGCAACAGCAAUGAGAACACUCACUGGACACUGAAGACAUUGCAGCUGAGGAUCCAAAACAAACAAAUGGAUACUUUUUUUUCAAGAACUGAAGUCUACACGGACAGUAAAUGGACACCUUGGACGGGAGCCAGAUGUCAGUACGCUUCUUAACAUUUUGGAGAUCUCCUGACUGUUUUGUGCUUUAUAUUUCUUGUCAAGGUCAAGAACAAGUGCACAUUUUGUCCUCUGUGACUGAAGUAUGAACUUGAACUAAAUUGAUGUCAGUUAGUGUUACAGUGAUUAGAACAAUGACAAACACAAUCAUUGUUUUAGAGCACUAGCCUAAACACACAGGGUUACUAUACUUGAGUAUUUUCUUGUAUCCACUAAGUCUGCUGUAGAAUUCUAUGUAAUACAUCUUUUUCAUGUUGUAAAGGUGGUAAAUAAACACAAUGAGGAGGCUG